AAAUAAUAGCACAAAGGUUUGUAUUAUUUUAUUUCAUUUGCUACCACACGUAACUUGUCAUCAACUGUGUGAUGUAACUAAUGUCAGUAUGUGUCAAUAGUGUUUUGAAAAGACAUUCACAAAAAAAAAGCUGUUUAUCAGUUUUAUCACAUUACAGAGUUCAUUUAAUUUUAUGUAGUUCUUUAAUCGGAUAAAAGCUUUGUUUUCCCACGUCUACCACUGAAGUUAGUGUGUCCAUGCUACACAAAAAUAUCCUAAUUUCUUUUUAGUUCAGUCAUGCAGUUUUAAAGUCAGAAAGUAUGAACAACUAAAUGGCAGCGUGGGAUGUAACUGAAGAUUUCGAAUAUGUGGUGACGAAAAAGGAGGCUCCACGCAUAUGCUUUGGAACCGGAUUGGCCCGAGAAGUUCUCCCCACGGAAGGACCAUGUAUGAGUCCUUUCAUGAGGCUUUUGACGCAAAAAGGAAGACCCAACUUAGGCCCGGGGAGUUAUGAUGACGACCGCGAUGCUUUCUACGAUUUAACUCAUAGGAUUUACAGCAAAUACGGUCUCGGACCAAGAGCUUCACGGUUCGCAACAAGACACGAAUACCAGCCACCUCCACGAGAACCACCACCUAGAAAACCUAUUCCUCAGAACUGUGCUCCAUUCAACCAAACCGGACAGAGAAAGGGAAUCUUCAAAGCUAAUCCUUAUCCCUCACCUUGCGAUUACUGUCCGGAAUUUAAGAAGAGACAGAUCAAAUUUGCGUACAGUUUCUCUGGGAAAAAAGUUUUACGCUGCCCUGUAAUGAUUAAAUGUGUUCCCUAUAACUUGGAUGCCUGCGGAUAUUGCGGUUGCUCGUGUUCUGCCCAAGGGGACUAUUGGCAGUUUGAAAACCGAAUCUUCCUCUGCAGAGAUCAUUAUUCACAGUUGUUCAAACAUUGUCUAUCCAAGUUCCAAGGUGCUAAGUUGGCAGAUUUUAAGUCUGUACGAGAUUGUUUCUUUGCCCAUGCACAUAACAGCUGCCUAGCAGCUUUGAAAAUAAUGACAAAUGAAGAAAUACAGAAAAAGCUGAGAAAGGAAGCUUACCUCGAUCUUUACUUUCCACAGCGGCGUUUCUGCGAAGUGGCGAACGGCUGACAUACUUUUGUAUCUUGUAGUUAUUUUAUAUCGACAUUUAUUUCAUAUUUGUAUAUAUUGCGAAAUUUAUUGGUUUUAUAAUAUUUUUUAGAUUAUGAGUUAUUUUUGAACAAUAUUGAUUUGUUUUUAGUCAUUUAUAUGGCAACAUUUAAAGUAAAGCUAUCCAGUAAUGGCAACAUUUUUAUCAUCAAUCAUCUGACUUGUUCCAAAAGUGGUCUAUUUAUUAUUUAUUUUGAAAACGAAUCAAUAUUUUGGGUGUAUCGAGUCAACUUGUACGCUACGAUGAAAUUGGAUUCAAAUAACAAGUUAAUCCGAGGUGAAAGUGGGUCGGACUCGCCCGAGGAUGUCGUGGACCCGCGGCAAAACGCGGAGGACAUUAUUGAUGAAAUACUUGCCGAGUUUACGGAGUCGCGGUCGCCUGACGCCGCUCGCAAUGGUAACGGGAUCCCAGAUAGCCUGUUCAGCAUGAUCCAGCCGCCUCAGACGCGAACACCAGCGAAUUCUUUUUCCGAGCCCGCGACACUGGACGACAUCGACCCUGCAUCAGAUCUCGGCACAUCGAUACGAAAUAAAUGUGCAGAACUCGAAGAAAUACUCCAGAGCUUGAAGUCACGAUUGAACCACGUAGUCUUGGAUGAAAAUAUCGUGUUAAGUCCGGAUGCUAAUUCUAUGGAGGCGCAACUCGAACACGAUUUGGACACAGACUGCCAAGAAGAUCUUUCAUUGCAAGAAUUUCUGGAACUGCUGCAUUCUCAGAACGAAAUCAAUCCCACUGGCGUACAAUGAUUAUGUACUCAAGCCUGACAUAGUGUUUUAAGGUUGAAAAUCAUUAUAAAUCUGGUAUGAAAA